AUAAAUUACACAAAUUCUGGCUGCUAUAGUAAUGCUGGGAGGUAUGACAUGGUAUUACACACACACGUACACACACAAAUAGAUAGAUACAUAGAGAGAGAGAGAGAGAGAGAGAGAGAGAGAAUCACAUCACACAAAUUCUGGCUCCUGUACUAAUGCUGGGAGUUAGCCAGUAGCGUCUCAUAUGGGAAGUUCAUUCGGAUUCCAUGGAAACCAGAGGUGAAUAUGUAAUGUUUUCGAAAGAGACAUGCCUGUUGGAUAGCGCAUCAGAGAAACUGAGGAAAGAGCUGGAGGAAGAGCUGAAACUCAGCAGCCACAACAUACAAAGCCAUGGCUGGUACCAUGGACGUCUACCUUGGGAGGUUUCAGAGUCUCUUGUGCUACAAGAUGGGGAUUUCCUGAUUCGUGAUUCUUUGACCAGUUUGGGAGAUUACGUCUUAACCUGCCGCUGGAAUCAGAAGCCUCUCCACUUCUUGAUCAGCAAAGUUUUGCUCAGAUCCAGUGACGCAUACACACGAAUGCAGUAUGUUCUUGAAGGAGAGCAGUUUGACUCUAUUCCAGCAUUGGUCCAUUUCUAUGUGGGCGGGCAGAUGCCGCUUACCCAACACAGCGGGGCACAUGUGAUUUCUCCAGUUAACAGAACUGUACCACUGCGUUAUCUGGAGACAAUGUUUGCUCAGACUAGUCAGGGGGAGACACCAUUAAACUCACCCGUGCACAGGAAGGGAAGUCUAACAGUGACAGAGGCUCUGGCAUUUGAGUUAAUAAAUCCUCAGAGGGAGGCAGUCAAGAGCUUUGUUGGAAGCUUGGAACAGCGUGUUGUAGUGACCUCAUCCCCAACCCCACUAAACACACUCUGCAGGCAUAAAAGAAGUCCAUCACGCAAUAGGAAGUUUGUUGUAGUCCCUUCAUCACCUGUUUUGCAAAGGCCCAACGAAAUGCACCUUUGUACCUCUCCAACUGAGAGUGCUUUCAUUUAUUUGGAGCCUACAGACAACACAUGGUCUUCCAACACCAAGUCCUGUCAAAGCAGUACUGCUGACACCAGUGAUCUGCAAUCCAACACAGGCCUUUAUCCUCACAGUCUUGUGCACAUAGAGUCACCCUUCAGGGAAAAAGAGAAACAGACAGUGCCGGGCUUCAUGGACGAGGACAAUGAGGAUUAUUUAAUGCCACUUGUAAUUGAAACAGCCUCCAGUUUCAGACCCAGCAUGUACCAGUCACCGCUGCUCCCUACAGAAAAUAAACCACUAGAAGCAAGAGUGUUAAGGAGAGCAAAGGAGGUGCUUGUAGAAGCUGAUACAAAGACGAUGGCCAUGCACAUCACCAAAAUCGACUGCAUGGUUGCUCGCAUAUUGGAUUUAUCUUGUGAGAAUACAAGAGGGAUGGCUGUGAGCUCGGGAAUGGAGCUGGUUACACUUCCACAUGGCCACUAUCUCAGACAAGACCUGCUGGAGAGGUUCUAUACCAUGUCCAUCAUGCUGGCUAUGGUGUUGCUGGGUUGCACGGGCAGUGUAGAGGAAAGAGGCUCCCUACUGCACAGAAUUAUCUCACUGGCCUCUGAGCUGAAGACUAACCUGGGCAACAUGUAUGGCUUUGCUGCAGUUAUGAGGGUCUUGGAACUUCCACAGAUUGUUCGGUUGGACGAGACGUGGAUGGCUUUAAGGCAAAAAUACACAGAAAGUGCAGUCCUGUAUGAGAAAACCUUGAGGCCCUCUUUGAAGAGAAUGAAUGAUGGAAAAGAUCUCUGUGAACCAUCAGAGAUGACCGUCCCUCAUGUGCUCCCUCUGUUGCUCCUGCUUGAGAAGAGUGCUGUGAUUCUUGAAGGGUCGGAGUCCUGGGAGAGCCUCGAGUCUGGAAUGGACACUGUGCUGUGUCAUUUAAACUCUGCUCGCACCAUUGCAAGCCAUGGAGAGACCUACUGCUCUAAUGCCAAGACAAAACUACAGGGUUUCCAUGAGCAUCCAGAUGUACUAGAAGUUUUCCUGACCGACUUCCAGAUGCGUCUCCUGUGGGGCAGCCGGGGAGCAGAGGCGAUAAGGGAGGAGCGCUAUGAGAAAUUUGACAAAGUGCUAACAGCCCUGUCCAACAGACUGGAACCUUCUAAGCAGGCAGAAUGAAUAAUUCACAUUGUACAUGUCUCAAUCUGAAAUGUGUAUAUUUCUUUAUAUUUUGAUGAAUACCACAGCGUGAAAGGAUACAACUCCGUACGGCGGAAUAACAUUUCAAAAUCUUUUAUAUUGUAAAUAAUGUAGAUAAAAAAAAUACUAUUCAGAUUUGUAUUUCAAAGAAUGAUUAACUUUAUUUUGGUUUAUAUAUAAAAUAAUCAGUCAUUUCUUAAAUUGGUUUAUAAAUUAUGUUUAACCUAUAUAUGUCUUUACACUGACUGUUUUAUGAUAUUGCACCCCUUUAUUUCUCAGAUUAAACCGGUUCAGUUGUCCCUCCUUAUAUUGUUUGUUUUAA